UCUGCGUCUGUGUGUUCUGCUCCAUUUCAGGGAGGAGCGCAAACUGUUUGUCUCUGUCCAGCACCGGCUCCUCUCCGCGUGUAAAUGCGCACUGUCUCACUCACCGGACAGUGGAGAGAAACCCAGCGGCAUUAAUACCGGCAAACUGUCAGCCGGCUGCUCAGUUCAUUGGGUGCUGCCAGUCGUGGAAAUUUAAGGAGGAAAUAGUUUGUUGUAAUCUGUUUUUUCUACUUUUCUACAUGCACUUUUAAAAGCGAGCAUAGAUGUCAUCGCACAGCAUGCUUAUCUCUGGAAGCUCCCGAUUGAAAUGGACGGACGCAUUUCUUUACUUGGGUCUGUUCAUGCAGUCAGCUGUUUGGGAAACGACAGAGGCCAUCCACCCAGAUUGUGCUCUGGUUGUUCAACACAUGAAGGCUGAGGAAGAAUGUUAUCAGAUCCUCGAGCAGGAGGAGAAUAACCACUCUGCUAAGACAGGCUGUCCAACAGUUUGGGACAACCUUCAGUGCUGGUAUCAUGCUGAGGUGGGACAGGUGGUCAAUAUCUCAUGUGCCUCUGGCAUCUGGCAGCUUUUGCCUAAUAACCAAGGUUACAUCUAUAGGAACUGCACUGAGAAAGGAUGGUCGGACUUCUACCCAUCCUAUGAAGAGGCCUGUAAGAUUCCAGAGGAUGAAGAAACCGAACCAGAGACAACAUAUUUCUCCAACUUCAAACAGGUGUACACUGCUGGCUACGCUACCUCCCUCAUCUCUCUUAUAUCAGCUAUUUUUGUCUUCACUGUCUUCAGGAAAUUUCACUGCACCAGGAACUACAUCCACAUGAACUUGUUCUUCUCAUUCAUCCUGAGAGCGAGUGCUGUCUUUAUCAAAGACGCUAUCCUUUUUUCUGAUGAAAACAUGGACCACUGCUUUAUGUCUACACGAUCCUGUAAAUCAGCCGUGGCCUUCUUCCAGUUCAGUAUCCUGGCUAACUACUUCUGGCUCCUGGUGGAGGGCAUGUACCUGCAGACACUGCUCACUCUCACAUUUGUCUUCCAGAAGAAAUACUUCUGGUGGUACAUACUUAUUGGCUGGGGUCUCCCGACGGUAAUCAUAACAGCUUGGAUUCUAACUCGAAACUUCUACGACAACAGGGGGUGCUGGGAUGACACAGAUGUGGCCUUCAUCUGGUGGAUCAUAAAAGCUCCAAUAACUGCAUCACUACUGGUUAACUUCGUGAUCUUCAUCAACGUAAUCCGUAUUCUGGUCCAGAAGCUUAGGUCUCCUGGUGUUGGUGGCAAUGAUACCAGUCACUUCAAGAGGCUCGCCAAGUCCACUCUGCUGCUCAUCCCACUAUUCGGGAUGCAUUACAUGGUGUUUGCCUUCCUGCCAGAAAACACAGGGACAGAGGCACGCAUCUUCAUAGAGCUCGGCGUGGGUUCCUUCCAGGGUUUUGUGGUGGCACUGCUCUACUGUUUCUUGAAUGGUGAGGUGCAGGCUGAGCUCAAGAAGAGGUUUUGGAAGUGGCAGACUCAGAGUUACCUGAGCUACAGUAAACGACGGCGCACCCUAUUCACUGAAAGCAGCACGAUCACUCAGAUAUCUGUCCUGGACAAAUCCAGCCCAAAAGAUCGGCCAGGCUCUGAGACACGCGCCCUCACCAACACCGUCACACACAGCAACGUGUCGGCUGUGUGAAAAACAGCCGACAGCACCAGUAGUUGUGUCCUUUUCUACACCUGCCUGGUUAGCAGAGACUAAACCACAGAGCCUGAUUGUUGAACGUUUGAGGUACCUCCUAAUUUGUAUGCUACAUUUUUUGUUUUUAGAAGUGUGGGACUUGUAGGCUUACCGUACACUUACCGUCAGCUCAUUAAUUCAUAACAUCCUACACAUCUUUCACAUUUAACUUUUCUCCAUGAUGACACUAGAUAUCAUGUUGGCAGAACAAGAGGUCAUUUUUUUUUACAUUUUCUUUUUAUGCUCCGGGGCCCCUCCUCCACAUCUUACUCACAACCACCAAAUUUUUUUCUCGCCUUGUUUAUCACAAAACCAAGUCUUGAACUGCUCAGUUUUGUGGGUGAAUGUUUUAGUAUUUUGCUUAUUAUUUUCUUCCAACCUGCUCUUUAAAGGAAAUGGGCAAAAACAAAAUGCAUAUGUCUUCAUUGUUGCGUCAAGCAGGCACAAGACAGACAGUUUUAAAUGUAUAAUUACAGGUGAAUCAAUUUUAAACCUUUCUAAAAUUCUGAAAAUUGUAUCACCCCUUUUCGUUUAGUCUUUAGUGGUUGUGCAGUAUUGAUAAAUCUAUUUAUUGAUUAGAAAACAUGAAUUAAACUGAACCUGUUAUGCUCAUUUCUAGCUCCAUAAUUUUAUAUUUGGACAAUACUAGAAUAGCUUUGCAUGACAGUUCAAAAUAAUCCUUAUUGUCAUAUACUGGGCUUUAGUGCUGUCCAUCCACUGUUUGAAACAAACUCCUUCCUCCUUUUAUCUGAUUGGCUCUCCCCUAACAGCAGAGGAUCAUAUUCGGGAGAUCUCCUCUCUCUUAUGUUGUAGAUUCCUUCUUCAGCCAGUGACCUCGUUAUUAAAAGCUUUCGUUAUUAUGACCAUUCAACACUGUAACAGUUUAGUAUAUGAAAAAAAAGGAAAAGCAGAAUAUGUCUAAAAUAAAACAGAUAUAUAGAGCAUACAUAGUUUUUAAAACAGGUUAGUGAAAGACAGAAAAGAAGAUGAAAACAGGGUGAGGAUGAAACGACCAUGUACUUUUUACUAAAUAUUCUUCUGUUUGCUAAUUCUAAUGUGAGCACAGCUCAUAAAUGAGUUUUCUUUGUCAGUCACCAGACUUUACCAAAGCCCUGUAGAUACAAUAGUUAGUUUUUAAAUCACUGCUGAAGUAAACAAUAACACGUGUUAUUGGUGGACAUAGCUUUGGGGUAUAAAAAGUGAUGCCAGUGCAAAAGUGCCUUACAUUUGCUUUUUUUCAUGGCCAGUAGGGGGCAACUCCUCUGGUUGCAAAAAGACCUGUGUUGAAGUCAAUGAGAAAAUGACGCUUAAUUCAGUUCAAUUUAGUUUUAUUUAUCACCUUAAGGUGGUCAAUAUAUUUUAAUGUAGACUUUACAUAAUAAAUAAAUUAGCUCCCUCUUGGGGCACUUUAUGCACUGACUCAGUAGUUUCAGCUCACAAUGACUAAAAUAUGAAGUUAAUUUUGUUCAAGUUUGAGUUAGUCAUUGUUAGCGUCAGAAAAAAGACUUAUUCUGGAAGCGGCUUGUCAGUCACUGAUAUCCUUGAUUUCAUUUCUGAGCCGCUCCUAAGUCGUCAGCGAAACACCAAGAUGGCAACAGUAAAAUUGCUCAACUCGAAGCUUAACAGGACUUCAGUAACCAUCGGGUGAUGUUGUGGUGGCUGUGUACAUGUCUUAUAUACAGUCUGUGGUGAUGACAGAUAAAGUAAGAGACACAAAGGGUUUCUAUAUUGAAGUACAGCCUGAAAUUAUUUUAAAAAGUGGUAAUUUAUUUAUUAUGUUUAAAUACAAUAAGCCAGCAUGCAACACUGCUGUUCCCCAAUGUUCCCUAAUGUUCCCAUCACAAUCGUACAAGGAUACAUACAUUCAAAUUUUAUUAAGACUUAAAACACUGGCCACUUCCUCAGAAGACAUUAGGCAGCUGUUCAGAUUUUUCAUUUUGAUUUAAGCUAUCCAACAAUAAUCAUCACAUUGAAAUUUAGAUGUAACUUAGGAACCAGACUAGCAAGCUAGCACUGAUAGUAGCUGAUAACAGAGCUCUGGCUAAUGUCGGAGUCUUUUUCUUGGCAGUAAAAAACACUUGCUCCAUCAGCAGCUUCCUGUUCCAUAGCCAGAUGGCAUAGCCAGUUAUAUUUGCUGUUACACAUGACAUAGUGAGCGGUGCUGCUUGUAAAAAUGAAAACUCUGGAGAUAUGUUCACAAAAGACACUACUCUAGUUGCAGACACUUUUGAUACGACUAUAGACCUGAGGCUACUUUUUCAUGUACUUAAUACAAACAAAGAGUUCAGAUCAGAAAGAGGACCUAAACAUGUGUUCCCUAAAAAAUUAAUGUAAGCAGGUUUUGUAGGGGUACUGUUUCUCAGUCUCAAAAUUAUUCAAAAAAUUUCUUUUGAAUACAACAUAGAUCCUCAAACAGAUGAUUUUGUUUUUUGGGGUUUUUUGUUUUUGGUACUUUCAACUUAAAUUAUAUCUGUGAUUGAUCGGGAUGUAAAAGACAAAGCCGAAAAGGUCCCACAUACAUGUUCACUGUGGCAUUUAAGAGCUCUAGUGAACAGUGAUUAAUGGUAUCUCGAACGUUGGGUAUUGUAUUGUAAUCAAGUUUCAGAGAGACACGUUUAUACACACACAUUGCACAGUGCACUUGUGCACAUCUGGAGCACUACACUGUAAAAUCUAUUUAUUGUGAAAUUAUUGUUUUAAUGUCUCUGUGUGAAUGUAAAUAGACUUCAAAUAGAGUUUACAUAUAUUUUACGAUCUUGCAGUUUGACUUACAGAUUUCUAUAACCACCACAGUAAAUGGCCUUCUUACCAUAGUAAAUGAAAGAUAGUUUAAAUGUUUAAAAUUUUAAAUUCCCAAGUUGGUGUUUAAUUCAGUUCAAUUCAGUUUUAUUUAUACAGCACCAAAUCACAACAGUCGCCUCAAGGCGCUUUAUAUUGUAAGGUAGACCCUACAAAUACAUACAGUUUACAUUCCCCAUUUUUUGUAUCAUACUGUACAUACAUGUAACUUACUUUUAUUCUUAUAUACUGUAAUAUUACAAAACGUUGAAAAUGAAAAAGAAGUGUUUGUGUACAUGUUCCUAUUUAUUAGCAUAGGUUCAGAUAAGUCUAUUUACCAAUUACUAAGCUAAUGCUAAUGCCAACACUGAUCUAGAACCUCUUUCCUCUAAUAAAGAAUUUUGAUUGAUAGGCUGCUUUUAGUAUGAUAACUGAGUACUGAUGUGGUAUCUGUCUUUUGACACAAUAGGAAUUACACAUGUAUGUAGAGUGCAUACUGCAUACACACAUAUGUACAUGUGUACACAUUUAAAGUGUUGUCCAUGAAAGACAUAUAACCUUAAUCAGCUACUUACCAGGAUAGUGCCUUUUCUCAUGCAGUAUAGCUCGAUGUUUCCCAGCAGUUCAGCUGGACUUUAAGUUUGCAUCCAAACUCUGUGUAACCCAGUAAGACUGUGAUACUGUACCACAUGCUUUUGCUGAGCUAUGUGAUAAAUGUGUUGCUCUGUUAAAAAUUGUGCAAUUAGGAAGUGAAUUUUUAUUCUAAUGAAGGAUGAAAAAGCUGUGUAUGUUGUGUGGACUUUGCAGUUUAGAUUGUCUUUUACAUUGUAGGAAUUAGACAAUGUUUUUUUCCCCUUUUACUUAUAAGUGUGAUGUGAAUGUUUCUCUUGCAGGUUCCAGUUUACUACAUGAGUGCAAGUUUCUGCUUUGGUCUUUGCUUCUUCAGGGAGGGGAUAUAAAAGUAUAAGGCUGGCUUUUAAUCAAGCAGAGCAUUAGUUCACAUGCUGCAGGCCCAGCAGAUCAGCUGAGUGCUGAGUGUCAGCUCACAUCAGCUGAUGCUCAGCUGAUAUUUGUUUGCAUGUCCAACUGGUAAUGAAGAGCAAAUUAUUUCAACUGUACUUCAUUUCAUUUGUUUUUUUAAAUAGCACCUAUUAACCACAAUAGUAAUCUCAGGUGACUAUUGUGGUAAAUCUUAUACUUGCUUGCUGCUUAAUGUCAUGAAACAGAGUCAUAGUACCAGAAAGAAAUAUUAUUCUUUUGAUGACAGUGGACCAUCCUGAAAUAUUAUUAACUAUAAUUUUGGUGGUGUCUUUGGCCCUAAAUACUAAUCCUACAGGAAAUGUUGGGUAAUAUAUAUUAAAAAAAAAACAUAGAAGAGGGCUGGUGCCACCCUCUGACCCCUCUGGAUGUUGCCCUGAUUAAAUCCUAGAGUACUCAGUUGUUAUAUAGCAGUCUUUUAAAAAAUAUAAUAGUAGUUCAAAGAUUUACAUCUUUGAACUACAAGACAGCAUUGACAAACAACAUUGAACCAACAAGUUAAAAACAUUUAUUGUUGAUAUUUACAUGAUGUACAAAAACCUUUCUAAUGUGCACACACACAAAAAAAAGUUAAAAUGGUAGUGUGCAGUGAGAGAGAUCAAAUAAAAAGGAGCUCAUGAGCAGACAGGAGGAGACUCAUAGCAGAGAUCUUCACGUUAAUUUUACCUUCAGCAAUCUGUACACAGACUGCUGAGCCCCAUAGCAAUCAGUACAAUAAAGCAACUGAAGAGACAGCCUAUGUCAAAAAAGAAAUUCAUUAGAAAUCAACUUUCUUGUCAUGCUAUGCAAAAAAAACAAAAAAACAACCCAGCAGUUUUUAUGGCACUGUACCUUUCCUCAUGUUUGUGAACAUUGACAUUCAAAGGAAAAGUAUUUAAUGGGUCCUGAUGGGAGUUAAACUACAAUCUGAUAAAGCAUUCACAGUUGAAACCCAAUAUCUGUGUUCUAGCUUAUUAAUUGCUUCACCCACUCGUCUGAGGGAUUUAAAACAAGGACACAGCUCAGAUUCCCUUAAUGGCAUGAAAGCCCGACCCUCCCCUGUGAUUACGUCUGCUGGUCAAAUGAGAUCAAAACAUUUUGAAGCGCAUGCAUCAGCCGAUUAGAGUACAGAGGCAUUACAGGAGGCUUUAUACUUUUAGCAAACACAAUCACCAUUUACUAAAAAUAAAAAUAUGAGAACAAUCACAGCGCAGUUUUUAAAUGACAGCUAUUUACUUUGAACCACAAAAACUUUUUGCAAGGUACAACAGGCAGCUUGUUUCUGUCUUGCACAUUUACACUGCAGUUUAUUUAGUCACAAAGGUUGAUUACACACCUUUCAAACACUUUAACUAA